AUGACUCUGAAAGCAGUCGCCAAGCCGGGACAUUUCCUCCUCGCGCCUCGUCUACACCUACUCAAAAUAGCUAAAACGGGGUCGCUUUGUUGUGUGGCUGCAAGGCCACAUGGAUCAAAUACAGCCAGUAGGGACUGGUCAGUGGGUCCACACGAGCCUUACUGGCGAACAAAUACAAGCUUUUCACCUCCCCCAUCAAGAUGGGAUGUUCGACUGCAAUCUGAAGGGCUACCGUAUAGUUCAUUCGAAGGCGCUCAAUUAUUUGGAUCUUCAACAUCAUCAAACAGUAAAGGAAGUCGGAGCUGGGUGAGAGCCAACUGUCUUUAUAACCAUCAACACUCUGCAUCUGAUGGUACUGGUCUGUUUCUGAGUAGUCCAUCUGACCGUUCUCAGGGUCCUCAGUGGACACCCCCAGCAAUACAGGAAAUCAAUGUUGAUGAUUAUGAGACAGCAACAAAAAGAGAUCCAGCAAUGGCACCAUUAUCUUUUAGAUCUACCAUGGAGGGAACCUCUGAAAAUCCAGAUAGUGGUGGCUCUACAUCAUCAUCCCAUUCAGAUAGUAGUGAGUCAGAGCCGACAAUCAAGAAUCGCUUAUCCUCUCACCGCAACUUCUCAAAUCGCUGUUCUUUCAUGUCCAAACCUAUACAUCCCUUGUCUUUUUCUUCCCGAACAUAUUCUAGGGAGGCUCCUGAACCAAUAGUUGCUGGCUAUUCAGAGUUUGAGACUGCCACUCCGCAAAGAGAUGCCCACCGUUGGAGCAGUGCUAGCAGCAGCAUUGAUUUUGCUGAUGUUUCUGAGUCGUUUGAGUCUGAAAUUGUCAGUCGGCCGUGCAAUCCUUCUGAUGGUUUUAGGUGUGGCUUGUGUGAAAAAUAUCUUUCACAAAGAUCACCGUGGGGUUCUCGUAGGAUCGUGAAAAGUGGAGAUAUGCCUGUAGCUGGGGUUCUUUCGUGCCGGCACGUUUUUCAUGCUGAAUGUUUGGAGCAGACAACACCAAAGACACGAAAAAACGAUCCUCCUUGCCCUCUCUGUGUUAAAUUGGAGGAGGAUAACUCCCUCGAGCAACGGGGUUUUUCAAGACUGAAGAGUGGCUUCCCAAGACUCAGACCAUUUGGUGAGGAUGGUCCGUCUAGGCCUUGGGGUUGCGUACAGGUGGGAGAUUGUGUUGAAGGGGCUUUGCAAGCACCCCCAUGCAAUACUAUGUUCUUACUUAACCGAAACCGCAUUAAAAAGAACCUGUCUUUGAAGGGUAACUCAAGCAAAGAGUUUCCAGGGAGGUUGAGAAAAAGCGGCUCUCCACAACAGUUGAUUGGGAAAGCAGUCGAUCAGGGAGCAGUUGGGUGCUCUAGUACAACAUCAGGCCCCAGUAUGAAGAUAUGAAGAAAGAUUUGUAGAUAAUGGUAACAUGUAAUUCAUCCUUGUGAGGGCUCUUUUCUUUUUUGAUUGAUAUGUGUAAUUCUUAGUUUCACUUUAGCCGAGUAGAUAUUCUAUCAACGAGACUGGAUAAACCGGUUAGGGUGUGUAUAGAUUUGAUUUUGUGCAAACUGCGGGUUGAAAAUCAAAGUUGGAAGUAGACAA